CGGAGGCGAGCGGUCUCGUCGUCCACCCAGGUCGAGCCACUCCCCGAGCAGCCGGAGCGCCCGAACUCAGCACUGCUUCGACGGACAGAGACCGCGAGCAGCACUUCCAACUUUUUAUUCGAGGCGUCGACGGGUCGAGGAAGCUUUCGGCUGCCGCGAACCCACGGAAAGAGCUCAACCACAGUGCCUGCAGCUAAAGACAAGCCAGGAGCCAUCAUGACGGACGCGGACAAAUUCCUGUAUGGGGACCGCAGUGAGAUGAACAACCCGCUGGCUCAGGCUGACUGGGCCACCAAGAAGCUGGUGUGGAUCCCCAGUGAGAAGCUGGGCUUCGAGGCUGGUUCUGUCAAAGAGGAGAAGGGAGAGGAGUGUGUGGUGGAGCUGGUGGAUUCGGGAAAGAAGGUUAAAGUAAACAAGGAUGACAUUCAAAAAAUGAACCCACCCAAGUUCAGUAAGGUGGAGGACAUGGCAGAGCUCACUUGUCUAAAUGAGGCCUCUGUGCUGCACAAUCUCAAGGAGAGAUAUUACUCUGGACUGAUCUAUACAUACUCUGGUCUCUUCUGUGUGGUGAUCAACCCUUACAAAUACCUACCCAUCUAUAGUGAGGAAAUUAUAAACAUGUACAAAGGCAAGAAGAGACAUGAGAUGCCCCCCCACAUUUAUGCCAUCACAGACACAGCCUACAGGAGUAUGAUGCAAGAUCGGGAGGAUCAGUCCAUUCUUUGCACUGGGGAGUCAGGAGCUGGAAAAACUGAAAAUACAAAGAAAGUCAUUCAGUAUCUGGCACAUGUUGCUUCUUCCUUCAAAUCUAAAAAGGACCAGGGCAGCGCAGUGUUGUCACAUGGGGAACUCGAGAAGCAGUUGCUGCAAGCAAACCCCAUCCUGGAGGCCUUUGGCAAUGCAAAGACGGUCAAAAAUGACAACUCUUCGAGAUUUGGGAAAUUUAUCAGGAUCAACUUUGAUGUGAAUGGAUACAUCGUUGGAGCCAACAUUGAAACCUACCUGCUAGAAAAGUCUCGAGGCAUCAGGCAAGCUAAAAAUGAGAGGAGCUUCCACAUCUUCUAUUACAUGCUUUCAGGAGUUGGAGACAAGCUGCGCUCUGAUUUAUGUCUGGAAGAUUACAGCAAAUACAAUUUCAUGUCCAAUGGACACGUGACCAUUCCUGGGCAGCAAGACAAGGACAUGUUUACUGAAACCAUGGAUGCCUUUGCCAUCAUGAGCAUCCCAGAAGAGGAAAUAGUUGGUCUGAUGAAGGUGGUGUCUGCUGUCCUGCAACUGGGGAAUAUGGCUUUCAAGAAGGAGCGUAACACUGACCAGGCAUCCAUGCCUGAUGACACAGCUGCGCAGAAAGUGUGUCACCUGUUGGGCAUCAAUGUGACAGACUUCACACGAGCCAUCCUGUCUCCAAGAAUAAAGGCUGGUCCUCCGGGCAUUCUGGCCCUGCUGGAUGAGGAGUGCUGGUUCCCCAAAGCCACCGACAAAACCUUUGUGGAGAAAGUAGCCCAAGAGCAGGGAACGCAUCCCAAGUUCCAGAAACCCAAGAAACUUAAAGAUGAUGCAGAUUUUUGCAUCAUGCACUACGCCGGAAAGGUGGACUAUAAAGCAGAUGAAUGGUUGAUGAAAAACAUGGAUCCUCUGAAUGAGUGUGUGGCCACUUUACUCAACCAGUCUACAGACAAGUUUACUGCGGACCUUUGGAGAGAUGUGGACCGAAUUGUUGGUUUGGAUAAGGUUGCUGGUAUGUCUAAUACAAUGCAUGGAGCCUUCAAAACCCGCAAAGGAAUGUUUCGCACGGUGGGCCAGCUGUACAAGGAACAGCUGGGGAACCUCAUGGCCACGCUCAGAAACACAAACCCUAAUUUUGUUCGCUGCAUCAUCCCCAACCAUGAAAAGAAGGCUGGUAAAUUGGAGCCUCACUUGGUUCUGGACCAACUGAGGUGUAAUGGAGUGUUGGAGGGGAUUCGCAUCUGCAGACAAGGCUUCCCCAAUCGUAUUGUCUUCCAGGAGUUCAGACAGAGAUAUGAAAUCCUCACUCCAAAUGCAAUUCCAAAGGGAUUUAUGGAUGGAAAGCAAGCCUGUGUGCUCAUGAUCAAAGCUCUGGAGCUGGACCCAAAUCUGUAUCGCAUCGGUCAAAGUAAAGUGUUCUUCAGGGCUGGAGUCCUUGCGCACCUGGAAGAGGAGAGAGACAUGAAAAUCACUGAUGUGAUCAUCAGCUUCCAAGCCUGGUGCAGAGGAUAUGUGGCUCGCAACAUAUUUCAGUUUGUGAAGCCUCUCCUGCAAGUGACUCGGCAGGAAGAGGAAAUGAUUGCUAAGGAUGAGGAACUAAUCAAGGUGAAGGAGAGGCAACAGCAGACUGAGGAGCAGCUCAAGGAAUUUGAGGCCAAACAGCAGCAGCUGAAUGCAGAGAAGCUGGCUCUUCAGGAGCAGCUCCAGGCAGAGACGGAGCUGUGCGCCGAGGCUGAGGAGAUGAGAGCCCGUCUGGCCACCAGGAUGCAGGAGCUGGAGGAGAUACUGCAUGACCUGGAGUCUCGCACUGAGGAAGAGGAGGAGAGGGUGACGCAGCUUCAGAGCGAAAGAAAAAAGAUGCAGCAGAACAUUACGGAUCUGGAGCAGCAGCUGGAUGAGGAAGAAGCAGCCAGACAGAAGCUUCAGAUGGAAAAAGUUACCACAGAUGCCAAGUUAAAAAAACUAGAAGAGGACAUCAUGAUGCUGGAUGACCAGAAUAGCAAGCUCAACAAGGAGAAAAAACUGCUGGAGGAGAGAAUGUCUGAGUUCACCACAAACUUGGCUGAGGAGGAAGAGAAAUCUAAAAGUCUCCAAAAGCUCAAGAAUAAGCAUGAAGCUAUGAUCACAGAUUUAGAAGGCAAGUGUUAUCGUCUGAGAAAAGAGGAGAAGAUGCGGCAGGAGCUGGACAAGAACCGGCGCAAACUCGAGGGAGACUCUUCUGAGCUUCAUGACCAGAUUGCGGACCUGCAGGCCCAAAUCGCUGAACUCCGAGCUCAGCUGGCAAAGAAAGAGGAAGAACUGCUUGCUGCAUUGGCGAGAAUCGAAGAGGAGGCUGCUGCAAAAAAUGCCGCACAGAAGAAGAUUAGGGAGCUGGAGGCCCAGAUCUCUGAACUCCAGGAGGACCUGGAGCUGGAGAGGCAGGGACGCUCCAAAGCUGAAAAACAACGCCGGGACCUGGGUGAAGAGCUGGAAGCCCUCAAGACUGAGCUGGAGGACACUCUGGAUUCGACUGCAGCACAGCAGGAGCUAAGGUCCAAGCGUGAGACAGAAGUUGCUCAGCUAAAGAAGACUCUGGAUGAUGAGGCCAAAGCUCACGAGGACAUGAUGGCUGAAAUGAGACACAAACACAACCAAGCUUUUGAUGAGCUCAAUGAGCAGUUGGAGCAGGCUAAACGGAACAAGGUGUCGGUGGAGAAAGGCAAACAAGCCCUGGAAAGUGAGUGGAAUGAACUACAAAUUGAGUUGAAAACUCUGACACAAAGCAAAGGAGACUCUGAACACCGCCGCAAGAAGGCCGAAGCCCAGGUCCAAGAGCUGCAGGUUAAAUAUGGAGAAAGUGAGCGACAGAGGCAGGAGGUCUCCGACAAGCUGACCAAGAUGCAGUCAGAGCUGGAUAAUGUUAACGCCCUCCUCAGUGAAGCAGACAGCAAGAACAUCAAAUCCAGCAAAGACCUAUCCUCAGUGGAGUCUCAGUUGCAGGAUGCACAGGAACUGCUUCAAGAGGAAACUCGACAGAAGCUCUCCCUUUCCACUCGCCUGAGGCAGCUGGAAGAGGAGCAGAACAGCCUGCGAGAGAUGUUGGAGGAAGAAGAAGAGAGUAAGAGGAAUGUGGAGAAGCAGGUUUUGACUCUACAGACCCAGAUGGCAGACAUGAAGAAGAAGGCAGAACAGGAGGCCUUGUCACUGGAGGGAUCGGAGGAAAGCCGCAAGAAGGCUCAGCGGGAACUGGACAGCAUGAUGCAGCAGCUGGAAGAGAAGACGGCGGCCUACAGCAAACUGGACAAGACAAAGACCCGUUUGCAGCAGGAGCUGGAUGACCUCCUGGUUGACCAGGACAACCUGAGGCAGAUCGUGUCCAACCUGGAGAAGAAGCAAAAGAAGUUUGAUCAGAUGUUGGCUGAGGAGAAAACCAUUUCUACUCAGUACGCUGAGGAGCGUGAUAAGGCUGAGGCUGAAGCCAGGGAGAAGGAAACGCGAGCGCUCACGCUGAACCGUGAGCUGGAGACUAUGACCGACAUGAAAAAUGAGUUGGAUCGGGCCAAUAAAAUGCUCAAAGCUGAGAUGGAAGACCUCGUGUCCUCGAAGGAUGACGUCGGCAAGAGUGUGCAUGAACUGGAGAGGUCAAAGCGUGCUAUGGAGCAGCAGCUGGAGGAGAUGAGAGUGCAGUUGGAGGAGCUGGAGGAUGAGCUGCAAGCCACAGAAGAUGCCAAACUACGCUUGGAGGUCAACAUGCAGGCCAUGAAAGCUCAGUUUGACAGAGACCUGCAAGCCAGAGACGAACAGGGAGAGGAAAGGAGGAAACAGCUUGUCAAACAGGUUUUCGAGAUGGAAGUUGAGCUGGAAGAGGAGCGCAGACAACGUACUCAGGCCCUCUCUUCAAAGAAGAAAUUAGAGACUGACCUGUUUGAGCUGGAAGCCCAGAUCGAUCUUGCUAACAGAGGACGGGACGAUGCCCUGAAGCAGCUGAAAAAACUCCAGGCCCAGAUGAAAGAGCUAUUGAGGGAGCUGGAUGAACUUCGUCUGUCCAGAGAUGAAGCGGUCAACGGGGCAAGGGAGACCGAAAAGAAGUUCAAGACCCUUGAGGCUGAUGCGCUGCACUUCCAAGAGGAGCUUGCCACUGCAGAGAGACUCAAGAGACAGGCUCAGACGGAGAGGGAUGAGCUCCAGGAUGAGAUUAACAGCAGUAACACAAAGAAUACUUUAUUGGCGGAUGAGAAGAGGAGGCUGGAGGCUCGAAUCACUCAGCUGGAGGAAGAACUAGAUGAAGAACAACUCAACACAGAAAUGGUUAACGAACGUCUGAAGAGAGCAACGCUGCAGACUGAGCAGUUCACCACAGAACUUGCAGCAGAGCGCAGCAACACCCAGCGUCUGGAGGGAUCUCGCUCUCAGCUGGAUCGUCAGAACAAGGAGCUGAAACUGAAGCUGCAGGAGCUGGAGGGAACCAUCAAGUCCAAGUACAAGUCCUCGAUCACUUCCUUGGAGGCCAAGAUUGCUUUGCUUGAAGAGCAGCUGGAUGUAGAGUCCAAAGAGCGCCAGCAAGCCUCCAGGCUCGUCAGGCGGUCGGAUAAGAAACUUAAGGAGGCAUUGCUUCAGAUUGAGGAUGAGAGACGCAACACAGAACAAUUUAAAGAUCAAGUGGACAAGACAAAUAGCCGAAUGCGUCAGCUUAAGCGUCAGCUGGAAGAAACGGAGGAAGAGCUGACGAGGGCCAACGUCUAUCGCAGGAAGUUGCAGAGGGAGCUUGAUGAUGUCACCGAGUCGGCAGAUGUUAUGAACCGUGAAGUCAGCACUCUGAAGAGCAAGCUCAGACGUGGGGAUUUGCCUUUCAACAUACGGCGCACCAUGAAUCGUAGUGGCUUGGAAAGUGAUGAGGACAUGGAAUUGUCACCUGAAACACCUGAACCUGCAGCUGAGUGAUCAGGAGAGCCAAGAUAAAAAAUAAAAAAAAUUGAUAUUGAGGUCACAGCCUUAUAUUCCCCCCUCUAUAUGCAAUUCCAUUAAUUUUAUCAAUUAAUCUUCUUUAUCUCAGUAUGAAUAAGCAAAGUUUUAAGUGAGCAAAGCUUAACAAAAACUGGUCUAUUUUUCUACAGAAUGGUUAUAUUUUAUCACUAAUACUGUGCUUGGAAUAACCACUGCAGGCUGAAUUUUAUUCAAAAUUCAUGGUGCUUUGCUAUCACUUAGCGUUUUUUCUAGCCUUUAUAUUCACAGAUGGGGUUCUUUUGAAAUUUUGAAUAAGAAUUUGUGGACUGAGUUUGCUGAAGUUGGAAUUGAUGCUUAGAACCAUACUGUAUCGCUCUUACUGUGUUGUCACCUUAACCCAAAGUACACGGCGACUAAUUGCACCUGGUUAACUUCUUGUGGCAUGGAUAAAAGAUGAUAAUAUUGUUGAAGACGUUGGUGCACUUGAGCUAGCUGCCAUAGAUGUUGCAUUUAAUUUACUACUGGUGAUGGGUAACAUACUGGUGAUAUACUAAUACACUUUUGUUUUUCUUAUAUGCUUUUCCCAACCAAAAGGGUUAUGGGCUGUCGGUAUAUUAAUCCCUAAAAGCUGAAUGCAGCAUGUUCUUGUAUUAUGCCCCUCCAAGUUGAUGUCAUUGAUUUCAAUAAUGCCAAGGUUAUAAGGCUCUUUUAUAUAAAAUGAAAUGCCUUAAUGCAAUAAAGUCAUGAAAUAUGAA